UGCCCGUAUGCGCACGGCUGUCACUCUAUCCGAGCUGGACGGACAACACAAACUUUGCACUGACGAGAGGACAACCUGCGCUCCGGGGCGCAGCAGAUUUCUACCCUAUUGGGGGGGUUUCUCCUUUGGAUUAAACACAUUUGCUCCGUGUAUUUUUGUUUUCGCUGCUGAUUGCGCCGGUUUGAGUCGGAGCUCGUCUCCAUUUGGCACCAGACGCAUCUGUCACCAUCUGCAACCGAGUGCCUAAAGCUGUCAAAGUCAUGCCGGCCGGGUUUCAACAGCUCGGAGGGGAGACGGUGACGGGAACCCUCGCUCUAUCAGUCUUCACUGCUGUUCUGGGAUCGCUGACGUUCGGCUACAACAUCGGAGUCAUCAAUGCACCACAGAAGAUCAUUGAGGAGGACUACAAUGCAACGUGGAUUCAUCGGUACGGAGAACCAAUCCCCUCAGGGACCCUCACCUCCCUCUGGUCGCUGUCUGUGGCCAUCUUCUCCAUCGGGGGCAUGCUCUCCUCCUUCUGCGUGGGCUUCAUCUCAGAGUGGCUGGGCAGGAGGAAAGCGAUGCUCGCCAACAAUUUGUUCGCCUUCGUUGCUGGGAGUCUGAUGGGAAUGUCUAAGGUCUGUCGCUCCUUUGAAAUGAUGAUUCUGGGACGUUUCGUCAUUGGGGCCUACUGUGGACUUGCGUCUGGUUUGACGCCCAUGUACGUGGGGGAGAUAGCUCCUACAAGUCUUCGAGGUGCACUCGGCACAUUGCACCAACUGGCCAUAGUCACUGGGAUUCUUAUAGCACAGAUUCUGGGUCUGGAGAUGUUGCUGGGCAGUGAGGACCUUUGGCCCGUUCUGCUGGGUUUGACCGUGGUACCGACUGUACUGCAGAUGGGUCUGCUGCCCUUCUGCCCCGAGAGUCCUCGAUUCCUCUACAUCGUUCGGAGUCAGGAGCAUCACGCCAAGAGUGGCUUGAGGAGGUUAACAGGCCGACAGGAGGUGGGUGACAUGCUAGCAGAGAUGAAGGAGGAGAAAAGGAGGAUGGACAUGGAGAGGAAAGUCUCCAUCCUAGAGCUCUUCCGCUCGCCUCUUUAUCGCCAGCCCAUUGUCAUUUCCAUCCUGCUGCAGCUCUCCCAGCAGCUCUCUGGAGUCAAUGCAAUUUUCUACUACUCCACCAGUAUCUUCAUGAAGGCAGGAGUCCAGAGUCCGGUCUACGCCACAAUAGGAGCCGGAGUUGUAAACUGUGCUUUCACUGUGGUCUCGCUGUUCCUCGUGGAGCGGAUGGGUCGGCGGACACUUCACAUGUUGGGUUUGGCAGGAAUGUGCAUUUCUGCCAUUAUCAUGACCAUAGCUCUGGCUUUACUGGACAGCAUUCCUUGGAUGAGCUACAUUAGCAUGCUAGCUAUCUUUGGCUUUGUGGCCUUCUUUGAGGUGGGUCCAGGUCCCAUUCCUUGGUUCUUUGUAGCUGAGCUGUUCUCUCAAGGCCCGAGGCCGGCUGCCAUGGCUGUGGCGGGCUUCUCCAACUGGACCGCCAACUUCAUCAUCGGCAUGGGUUUCCAGUACGUUGCGGAUCUCUGUGGGCCUUACGUGUUCCUGAUCUUCGCAGUGCUGCUCCUUUUUUUCCUCAUCUUUACGUUCUUUCGGGUGCCAGAGACCCGGGGAAAGACAUUCGACCAGAUCGCAGCCAACUUUAAUCAGCACUCGGCGGCUGGCAUGAUGGAUAUGGACAUGGAGCUGGACAAGCCCAGCACGGAGCUGGACUACCUGGGCGAUGAAAGCAUCAACUGAAGAGUCCAAACAAAACCAAAAAAAACAAAAAAACAAACUGAGUACAAUUUAAGGUGAAGUUUGUGUAUGGACCCUACUCCAAAAUUUUUAUUUUCUGACAUAUUUUGAGAUCUGUAGUCAUAUUGAUAAAGCUUGUGGUGCCAAAGCAGUGUUAAGAUGAGUGUGUGACAGUAUGGACGUUUCUGGAGCCGUGGUUUGCUGGUACCACAGCAGUUCGCUAGCUGGUGGUUCUGGUCGUUGCUCUGACAGCUCAAAGCCUUUGGGUUAGAGACUGACUGAUGAAGAAACAGACAGAGGCAUUGACUGCCGGUGUGAGAUGAUUUCGCUCAGUGCUGAUGAACUCAGACGCAGCAUUGAAAGAUGGGGAAAAUUCCUGCACUUUAUAAAGAAAGACUUCGGCGAACGGAGGUACAGGUACUGUAGGACGGUGGUGUCCAACUUCAGUUCUGAAAGACCAAAUCAGAUGUAAAUGGUUGAGCUACCUUCUCAACACCAUGUUCUGCAAAUGCUUGGUAAUAAUUAAUUUGCUUUGUGCUGUGUUCAACCAAGUGAACAUCUAAGACCUGUGGGACAUUUGGGUCUUGGGGACUGAAAAUGGACAUCACUCACGUAGGAAGUUGACGUAACCUGAUAGUUUUCACUUAAGAUGGGAACACGUUAGAGUAAGGCUGAUUUGGGUUUCUCGUACGGAUUUUGGAAACACUCUAUUGCAGAAAAAAGUUAGUUUCUUAACUAGUUUGCUUUACCAUCCGAUUUUAAAGGGGCAACAUUUUGUAUUUUCUUGGUGCAAUCUCAUUUUAGAGCACAAUCAUAUAAUCUUACCUUCAGUUGUUUUAAAAAUGCUAUCAAAAAUGACUUCUAGGAAAAUUUGUCUACUAAAUUUAAUGCGUUGAAAUUGGGCCUCUGUCUCUUUAAGAAUCUCCCUCUCUUUCAGCCCGCCAUCACAACAUUCCUCUUUCAAGCCUUUGAAAACAUUUUUACCAGCUUUUCACUGAGAAGUCGUUUGUAUGAUGAGCUGAGCAGACACACAGCUCCACGAGGUGUUGCUGCCGCUAGUCUGAAGGAGCUGAGUGGGGAAGGGAGCUCUAUGAGGUGGAAGCUUGGCUAGGGACCGCAGCUCCAGGAAGAAGCUCCUUGCUCAUUCCAACCCCUAACGCUUGCUCUCCAUCGUGAGAGCAAGCGUUAAGGCGCCCCGAAUGGAUUGCUACUGGAGAUUCAAUGAUUUCUCAUGAAAGAUUUAAAGAAGCACACCAUGCAUGAUUUUUGAAGAGGGAAUAACAUAUAAAUCUAAAAAAGAAAUCUAAAAAAUUUUGAAUAAUAAUGCCUCUUUAAAUUGGUGAAUGCAGUAAAAAUCAAGCAACGAAGCGUUCACACGUUUGUUAGCCUUUUCCCCAUAUUUUCAUUAAAAUUUUGGAUAUUUGGGAAGUUUAACUUUUAUUCAGCUGAUAUUUGAAUAGCAGUUGAGCCGUAUUUUCACAUUGUGAUACUGUCAAUAUUACAAUCACAUAAGUUCAGAUAAACAGUUUGCUGACUUUUUCCUUAAGCUUCCUGCUGAUGAAGCUUGGGUCAAUAAACUACAGAUUAAAAACCUGACCAUCAAUUUUAUUGGCAUGCAGACCUCGAGUCAGAGCAGUUAUUGCAUUAAAGCCACGUUGAUUAGAUUUACUGCACAGCUCUAACCUGUCUGUUCCUCAAAACAUUGCUGGAACCAACUUCCCAUCUGAGCAUACCAUAGAUGAAUCUGAGCUAGCUUGGGUCAGUUAGACACAGCAAGUCAAAGAAAACCCUUUAGAAAAUGGAAUAAGCUUAGAAAAACUAAACAUUUCACCCCAAAACUUCCACACUGUAGGAAUCUUGCAUCAGUCAGUCCUUUACACACGUGUUCCCUUUUUAAGUUAUGUUUUCCAGAGAUUUCAGAAAACAUUUUUGGUUCUUCUUGUGUACAUAGCGCUCAUGUCAUGGUAUGUGGGUCUAAAGUUUCUACUCUGUAUGCACUCCAGCUGGUGUAUGGUUUUUUUGUGGAUGCUCAGUCAGAUUAGAGUUUAGGAUUUUUGUAGUUUAUGUACAGUCUUUGCAUCAAUGUGUGCAUGUUCUGUUAUGUAGUGCUCAUUUCUGAAUAUUUGUAUUGAGAUUUUUUUUUUUUCCCAGUGGACCUGUAAUUUUAUGCGGUGGUUAUACAAGUGAUGUAAAUAACU